UGCAGAUCGAAAGCGAAUAGAAUCACAAAAACGCAUAAGCAAAUCAAACUGCAAAAAUGCCUUCUGCAGAUACGAAUCCAAGAAUGGACGCUGAUGCGGAAAUUAGUACAUUAACUUGGGUGCUAUUCGUCGUGUUGGUUUACAUAGCUCUCAUUUCCAUUUCUGGUGGAACGGUGUAUGCGAUUUACGGCUGGCGAGGAGAUGGAUCCGGGCCUAAUGGAACCAUCACCACCGCCAUCAAAGGGAUGGUUCAAACUGCUUCCAAACAACUAACUGCUGUACCGAAUACAACUGCUUGUCCACUGUUGGUAGCUAAUUGCCCAAACAUCACUUGCAAGGAACUUGCUUGCGUUCCCUCAUCUGUGACACCUGCGUGUUUCACAACUCAGGCACCGAGGCGGGAACCUUGCAUGGAAGCCCUGCCGUGUCCGAACGGGACGUGUCGUGCCAGGACAUGCCCAACACGUCGACCAGCGCCACCUAUUGGCGUUUUCUACAACUCGGGGCGCGAUACGAAGACAGUGUCGGAAUGGCUCAACAUGUACCCACCAUUUUCGAAAUCACGACUGAUUGUCGUCACGACGCUGUUGGAAGAGUCGAUCGAACCGUGGGCAUUAGCUGGCUUCAUCCACAGGUGUAAAGACAGCGCUACUUACCCGCUACUUGAAACGACAUGCACUUUUUGCCAGGAUCGCUAUAAUUACAUUCAGUGCAUCAUGUCGAAUAAUUUGAUACAGGAGCCGCAUCGAUACGCUGCUGUGGACAAAUCUUAUUUCGGUGAGCCGGAAUUUUUUCGAAUGAGGGGCUGGCUUCCUGAUAUUAUCCUCAACGAUCCUCAUUGGAGACCAGAGGAACUCGACAACAUUUUUCUUCACAUCGAACGCGCCUUCCGGUCUUUUACAAUAAAGACGGACGUUGCCGGAAGGUCUUGCAAAAUCUGUGACGAUUUCAACAGACGCAUUUAUGACGAGUGUUUUUCAACAGAUGGAGUGCGAUAUUCAUUUCCCUUUGUUCAAAACCAAACAGCCAAACUGUAAUCAUCAAUUUUGUCUUGCAUGAUUUCAAUACAAUGACCAUUCUUGUACAAUAA